GGUCCUCAUUAAACCUUUUCUCCAGGAAGUGCUCGCGGCAGCUCCGCGCAGCGACCCGAAGGGGGAGCCGGUGGGCGGUUGGGCAGCACACCCCGGGGACACGAGGGCGGGAAUGUGUCUGUGUUGCCCAGCCUCACAAAAGGGACUCCUCUGUUGCGAGCCGGUCCUGGGCUGCAGCCUUUGAAUACAAGGAACGGUCGGAGACGCCUUCCGGGGGAGUCUUAUUUCACAAAGAAGGAGAACCACAGGGACUUGCAGGGAGUCUGAAGGGGCCUGAGUUUAGGGGACAGGAUAAGAUGACGCGUGCCCAACCUGUCAUCGACACCAAGGAGGCCGCGUGGCAGAAGGUCCUAGAGCGGCAGCCCUUCCCCGGUAACUACGUGGACCCACGGUUCCUGGAAGAGCUCCGGAAGAACAUCUGUGCCUGGAAAUACCAAUCCUGGGCAGUGGUGUUCGAGUCCAGUGUGGGGAUCCAACAGCUGUGCAGCGUCUGCGUCUUUGGGGUCAUCUGGUGGUAUAUGGAUGAGGGUCUUCUGGCCCCCCACUGGCUUUUUGGAACUGGCCUGGCAUCUUCAUUGAUGGGAUGUGUUUUGUUUGAUCUCAUUGAUGGUGGUGAAGGGCGGAAGAAGAGCCGGCGGACCCAGUGGGCUGACCUGAAGAGCACCCUGGUCUUCACUGCUCUCACCUACGGGUUUUCACCAGUGCUGAAGACAGAGUCCGUCAGCACUGACACCAUCUAUGCCAUGUCAGUCUUCAUGCUGUUGGGCCACCUCAUCUUCUUUGACUAUGGGGCCAAUGCUGCCAUUGUAUCCAGCACACUGUCCUUGAACAUGGCCACCUUCGCUUCUGUCUGCCUGGCCUCACAUCUUCCUCGGUCCCUGCAUGCCUUCAUCAUGGUGUCGUUUGCCACCCAGAUUUUUGCACUGUGGCCCAUGUUACAGAAGAAACUGAAGGCCUGUACUCCCCGCAGCUAUGUGGGGGUCACGCUGCUUUUUGCCUUCUCAGCCUUGGGAGGCCUGCUGUCCAUUAGUGCCGUGGGAGCCAUACUCUUGGCUCUUCUGCUGGUUUCCAUCUCCUGUCUCUGCCCUUUCUACCUCAUUCGCCUGCAGCUUUUUAAAGAGAACAUUCAUGGGCCUUGGGAUGAAGCUGAAAUCAAAGAAGACUUGUCCAGGUUUCUCAGCUAAGUUAGGGACCCCAUUACACUAUUCAGGCAAGCUCAUAGACUGGUAUGCUAACCAGCAUAAAAUCUGAAGGCAGAGCCCAUUCUGGGAGCAGCAGGCUGAUGUGGAUGAGAGAACAGAGAUCAGAAGAAAAAAUUAAUCAAAGGCUGGGGUGGUGAAGGUGUUUGCCCUUCUGUCAUUUUCAUUUUAUGAUGUAAAAGCUUUCUGGUGUCCUCUUGAAUUACUGCCCAUCUGUU